ACCACACACAGGGGCUGGUAGGUGGACAGAUUGCACCAAGGGAUUAUGUGCUUCAUGUGUGUGUGUUGCGGGGGGGGGUGUGCUGAAAAUGAAAAUGUCUUAAAGAAACACUAAAGUACUGUGCUGGUAGCUAAGGAAGGAGCUGGUGUGCCUAGGUGGCAAAGGCUUCUGACAAAAACUGGAAUAAAGCAGACUUAUAUUUUGAGUUUGACCAAACCGCGGGAGGCAGUGGAAGACAGGAGUGCCUGGCGUGCUCUGGUCCAUAGGGUCACUAAGAGUCAGACAUGACUAAGCGACAACAAAUACAACUAUGGGAUUAUAUUAUGGAAAUAAGAUUUUUGUAGACCAGAGUUCAAUGUGUGAAAUAUUGCCUGCAGUUGGGGUUGCUGUUGUUGUUGGGGGUUUGGGGGGGGGAGUUGCAUUUAAUUUCCCUCUCCUCAGAGUUUACUGUCUCCUUCUCCACACACAUACGCUACUGAAUAGACCCCAGGUACUAUGCUUGCUGAGGAUCACACUUUCUGUAUCUGCUUGUUCCAGAAUACUUUGGUAGCCUGUUUAAGCCGUGACAAGACUCUUUGUUACUUAUGAAGGGGCUACCUUGCAAGGGUGGUUAUCCAACCAGAAGUCGGCAUGGAGUGUCACCGGUUCCCCUACCAGCAGAGAUUCAGCCGAGGCCACCUUGCUUCUGGAAUACAUAUUUGCACUAGCAGGGCCUGUUACCUGUUUAAUCGUGGAUUCAUCAGCCACCUGGGUGAUUAUCUGUAUUAUUGUGGUUUUUUUAAAGCUGAAUUGUCUGGGGAAAUCCGGACAUAUGGCAGCCCGAGUCGGAAGUGUAGAUUUUGGUGAAUUUCAGCUCAACAAAUUUUGUGUCCGGAUCUUCACUUUAACACGGUGGUAACACAAAAGUAAUUUUAUCAAUAAAGUAGAACAUAGUCAUCAUGGCUAGUGGCUACUGACAGCCCUUACCCCCAGUGCAUUUGUUGACUAACCACCCAAGGACCUCCUUAACUCUUACCCAUUGAAAUUUGGGGAUGGGGGUCUCUAGUGUGCUUAACUAACUUGUAGCUGCGCUUUGCGCUUCAAUUCCCUUGCUGUUCAGGAAGCUAUGGGGGGAAUUGUACAUUAUCAGGAGUGUGGGAAAAGCUGGCCUGGGCAGAGCUAGAUCCACGGCUGUGUUGUUGGAGACGGAUUAAACCACAAAGCAAUUUAAUCCUCAUGUGUGCAAACACCCUCUACCUACCCAGAAGCCUCUUUGCAAACCGGAGUUUGAUCGAUCCUUCCUUCCUUCCUUCCUUCUCUGCCUUGAGCCUAAUCUUGCAUGCCCUUCCUUUAUAUGUAUUCUUAAUGCUUUGCUCCACACCCUUCCCUUCCCUUCCCUUUGCCUCCAGCCCUUGUAAUCAUGGGAAUACAGGAUAAUGUGUGGAGGGGGAGGCCUCCCACACUUGCACUUCCUGUCUGCCUGUCUGGUUGGCAAAAAGCAAGGCUUAUAUGGGAAUCCUCAAUGGCUCUCCCACCUCCUCCCUCCUCCCCACGCCAGCUCAAGCUGACUCAAGGCUUCACCACUGCAACUCAAAUGAGCUGUCAAAUGCUGACACAGCUCAGCUGCUUCCGCAAGAGUGCUGGACAAAAGAAAGAAACCACUGCAGACCAGGAAAUAAAAACAUUCAACCCCACUCCAGAAAAUGAUUGAAGGAGAGACACGGAGGAGGAGAGGGCGAUCGUCCUGCUUAUCCUUGCAGCCUAAAUCCCACUGAAUUUGUCUCCGACAUGCCAAAUGGAGACCUCCAAAAGGCUGGCAGGCACAGUGGCUGAAUGUCCACUCCAGGAUUGGAAGCAGGCAGCAACCCUGGGCGAUUCCCGUUGCUGGGAAUCACAAGUGGGGCUGCUGUGCUCGCGUUUUGCUUGCAGGUGGGGGGGGGCUUCUCUGGGGCAGCAGGCUAGUGGCAAAACUGAGCUAGGUGGACAAAGGGUCUGGCUCAGUGUAAGGCCACUUUGAUACGUUCCUGUGUCGAAGGCCUUUGUUCUAUCCUGUAGUUUGUGGUGAAGCAUUUUUUUGCAAAGAUUCAUUCCAAGGCUGGCCAUGACUCAGAGCACACAGUGUCUGAGCUCUGCAUCUAUCUGCACCCUUGCCCCUUGCAAGGUCAGGCUGGAGAAAACAUUGUCUCCCAUAGAGGGAAGUGGUUUCCAUGGAGCAGCAAAGAUGAUUCAGAGCCAAGACAUGGGAGGGGAACGCCAGGGGCAGAGAGACUGUCACUAGGCCCACAACCUUACCCAGUCCUUUGCAACGCUUGCUUCUUAUGCCAGCUAGCUUUCGUUGCAUUAGCCUGUGGCAAUGAGUUCCACAGCACCUGAAGCACUGUUUCCUUUUGUCCUUGGAUAGUGUGCUGCUAGUGGGGAGAGGGCUGCUGCUUUUGUGCCCAGGUCUCACUCACAAGCUUCCCUUUGGGGCAACUGGUUGGCCACUGUGAGGACUAGGUGCUGGUCUAGAUGGGACUCUCUAUCAACUUUUCCAGCAGGAUUCUUCUGGGAUCUGCUGCCAGCGGGCACCCCGGCAUUCUCAGCCUCCCCCCUUGGCACCCACCGAUCCUGCACCCACGUGCUCCUCCUAAUUUUAAUUUAGAAUAAAUUAGGGUUCUUGGGGUGAGGUGCCUACUUUUUUGUCUUGUUUCACCUGCCUUCUUUUGGGAGUAGGGCGUAGGUUUUGUGUGGUCUGAGGAUUGCCGGCUUUUGUUCUGUGAAAUGGUGGUGCUUGUGAGUGUUUCUUAGGAUUCCAAAUGUGCCCCCAGGUCCAAAAAGGUUGACGACCCUGGGCUAGAGAAGGUUCAGAGAAUUUAAACCUAUUUUUCUUGGCUUCAACGGCAGGGCCUGUAUGGCUGAGGGUAUGAGUGAGUGGGUCCACUUGGGGGCAGUGGUGCCAGCUUGAAUAAAAUAUUGAGGGGCACAGGUAAGCCCCAUCCUGCAUAAUCGAUCACAUGACUCAGUGCACACACACCAUUUGCCUAAAUAUUUUAGGGGGGUGCAUGCAGGGACCUUGUUGGCUCCUAAGAUGUUGGCCUAGCUGGGCUCAUUUUGGGCCAAGGGAGACGCAAGUCUCUUCUGUUGGCCUUAGGGGAGAGGACUUUCAAAGGCGCAAAUGCCGAGGGGGGUGGGGGCUAAGGUUCUCCGUGGCUACUAUUAGUCCCAAUGUGGCUGCAUCUUGCCCCCCAGGCAGCAGCAGUGGCAGCCGACCUCUAGCGCCCCGGUUUUGGGUGGCCUGAUCCGGCUGCCUGGCGUUGGCUGCUCCUCCACCUCGGGCCGGGCCGGCGUGUGGGAGCUUGCCGGAGAAAGGGGUGGGCUUGCAGGAAGGAAUGCCCUGGUCCCGCAAGCCUGGAGCUAGCUCGCUGGGAGAGGAAGCCCCCGGACCCAGGAGAAAAUGCUGUCCGACAAGGUGGAGAAACGGAUUGCUUCAUCCAUCUUCAUCACCCUCACUCCACCCAGGAGGGACCACAUGGUGAGAAGUGAAGCAAAGUCACAGAGGGCUCAACUUCCACCCAGCAACAGCCUCUCCAAGGAGGCAUUCAAGUCUGCUGCUCCCUCCCUGAUCCAAACAUCUUCUGGUGCUGUUAAAGGGAGCAGAGGCUGCUACAGAGGGACAGCGGGCGUUUCCAAUGGAGGUAGUUCUGCCUUGCCAACUCCUCCCAUCCUGUCCUGUAAUACAGUGGACCCUAACCUGGAUAGCAUCUUUCCUCCUCCUCCACCACGUUCUAAACCUUUCUCAGUGGAAACACUUGGUCCUGAUCUCCAGACACAAACAUCUGUUCCCCCCACAUCCUUGCAGACUUCUGCAACCUUUGCAGCAGAACUGAGGCAACCUAAAAUUCUGACUUCAACCCUUGGUUGGGCGGAUGAGCAUCAGACAGAGAGGAAGGUGGAGAAUACUGUUGCAACAGAUAUCUGUGCUUUUUGUCACAAAAACAUCUCUUCUGGGGCUCCCACGCUUGAGGCGAUGAACAAACAGUACCACGCUGACUGUUUCACAUGCCGAACAUGUCACAGUGCCCUGGUGGGGCAGCGCUACUACCAGAAAGAGGGGCGCCCCCUGUGUGUCACCUGCUACCAGAACACCCUGGAGAAGUGUAGAAAGUGCCAUGCCUUAAUCAUGAACAAAAUUGUGCGGGCCAUGGGCCAUGGAUUCCACCCGGAGUGCUUCACCUGUGUUGUAUGCCACCGGGCCAUUGGCGACAAGGUCUUUGCUGUUGGCGAUGACGAUGCAGUGCAUUGCUUGGACGACUUCUACAGGAGGUAUGCUUCUGUGUGCGGUGCCUGUGAGAGGCCCAUUAUCCCAAGUGACGGAAGGGACUCGUACAAGAUAGAGUGCAUGGGGCAGAACUUCCAUGAGGACUGCUACCGCUGUGAAAGAUGUUGGGUCUUGCUGUCCCCAGAACCCACAGAAGAGGGCUGCUACCCUCUGGGAAGCCACCUCCUCUGCAAGUCCUGCCACAUCAGACACACCGAAGAAUCAUCUUGCUGAGCAAAUGAAGCGCAAGCAUAUUUCCAGACGCUGCAGCACAGAGCAGCAGUGGUGCGCUUCAGCAUUUGGACGUCCCAGUUUGUGCCUCUCCUGUUAACUUUCAACUGAGCCUUGGGGUGGGGGGAACUUUCAGUGUUGGGGAUUAGUCCUGGGGUUGUGUGUAAUAAUGCAGUGGUUGGCAACAAGCCUGGCUAAAAGUCUAGGGUGGAGUUAUAGGAAUCUCCCCCUACCGCAUUAUUCUUCCUUUCAGUGGCCUUGGCUGUAACAGCCUGUAGCAGUGCAUUGCAUCUCCUGGGAGAGACUGAACCAGGAUGUGGUUGGUUGUUUUUUUUACCACUAGAGGGCACAUGUGAAAGGUGGUCAACUGUCAAUCAUCCAUGGGCGGGAUUCCCCGCUGCAGGCUGCCAGUUGCUUUUUCCACUGGUGUAAUACAUGAGCAACGUUUUUCCAAAGAGGGCAAAUUCCUAGAUAUAUAAUGUGUGGAUCUCUUUUCAGCCAGCAGAACAUGGUAGGGAUGUGUGUGCAGCUCAGCUGCAAGGUGGUUUGAUGGAUUCCAAACUUCUUCACUUGGGAUUUGUUCCAGCAAAGCCUGAAGGCUGUUGGGAGCAAGACUCUUGGUAUAAAAGCAGCAGAACCUUACAAGCACCUUUCUUUUCCUGAGUUUAUGUUUCCCUCUCUGUUCUUCAGAGCCCUAUCUGAAAUCCCAUGGCAGGCUUGAGAGUAUAGCUUCUUGUCAUUGAGAAUGGGGGACAUAAACCUUUGGUCACCUCCAACUGGGAGAUCUCUGGAGCGAAAAGAGCAGCAAGUUGCUGGGAAGCUUUAUUACAGGGUCUUUUAACAAUGUAAGUCCACAUUCCCAGCUGGCAUCCACCUUGCUUGUAGACGUGAUAAGGAAGGAGCUGAGGCUUGGAACAAAUUCAGGUGUGUUGUGACCUCACAAAUGCAUCAGGCUUAAUCUGUAGGGGAAAGGCUAAGCUCCAGGACCAGAUCUCUGUAGCAAGGCUCAAAACAUGUGAUGUGGCCAUGAAGGCAAGCCUGCUUUUGAGCAAAUACAGAACACACCACAAGCAAAGGACUAUGAACUGGGCCUUGCCAUCUGUAGAUUUGCUGUGUUGUUAAUGUAUAAAUUAAGACUUCCACACCUUAUUGUGUGAUACUUUUGGUUUUGCUUGGAGCACCAAUCUCCGAGAAACACCUAAUUGUGACUCAAAUGCUUGCGCCAAUAUCAACCUGGGCAAAUGUUUCAUUUUGCCUCAUAAAAAUUUACGGCUGUAUGUGUCUAUAUGUACGCUCUCUUGUGCACAUUAAGGCACCUUGCCCAGCCCAUUAACACACGUCUUAUCCACCAGGGGGCAGCACAAGGCAACACUACCUUAAUAGCAGUCUGGCAAAGGCUAUUUAUUAGUUAUGGGGAAAGGGUCUUUCCACCUUCAUUUUAGCCUGAAACUGUCACGGCAUCAAAAAUUGUUUGGGAGUCUUAAUCAUAUAUAUAUAUGUGUGUGUGUGUGUGUGUGUGUGUGUGUGUGUGUGUGUGUGUGCCAAUCAGUUGUUUAAAUGCACAGAAACAAUGUACGGGGGUGGAAUAAGGUAUGGGAUUAUUAAGACUACAGUGGAACCUUGGUUUACGACUACCUCCGUUUACGAACACCACGGACCUGGAAGUGUUUACAUCCGGGUUCCGCAGCGUUUGUGUGCGCAGAAGCGCUCUAUCGGCGAGCGAAUGCCUCGGCAAGCGAACGCCUCCGCGGAACGGAUUGCGUUUGCAAACCGUGGUACCACUGUAUUAUGAUUUUUGUAUCCUUUUGAUAUCUUUCCUGUCUGUGCUGGACUGUGCUGAUGUUCACUUAAGUUUUCCCCCUCUGGAAACAAUUAUCAGGAAGCCGUAGCUGGUGUCGAAAUUACCACACAUAUGCGCACUUGAUUAAAACCUGACUUCAAAUGCAA